GUAGUCUCCAUUAAAAAUUUAAGAGAAUCAGUUUCAUAUCAUUUGCUGCUUCGUUACAACAUAAAACAAUGUCACGACCAGUAACCAUUGAAGAAAUGUUGGAAGCAUUAAAAGAAAAAUACAAAACAUCUCACUUCUUCAAGAUAGAGAAUUUCUCUCUAAUCAGAAAGCAAAUUAGCAGAGUCGAAUCAUCUGCUUUUAUCUCGAUGGUCACAAAUGGUAGGAAACUCUUGGUAUACUCAAAUGGGUAUGGGGGUGGUAAGAACCAUGUCGCCAUCGUCGUAGAGAAACAAGCUUCAAUAAAUGUCAACCUUCAAAUUGAGUUAUUUGUCAUCAAUCAACUACAGCCAACAUGGCAUUCAAAAGGAACAAUGGCCUUACCAUCAGACUUGAAAUGGAAAGGGGAUUCAGAUUUGAUAACUCAUGCCGAUCUUGAGACAAAAGGUUACCAUAUUGGAGACUGUUGCAUAUUUGGUGUCAGGUUCAUUGGGAUUCAACCAGCAGAAUCCGGAACAGCGGAAUGUUUUGACUUAAUCGAGAAGCCUCUCAAUCACAAAGUCACGUGGAUGAUGACCAAGUUCUCGUCCUUGGAGCCUGAAAACGUUCACAGCUCUAAUGAAUUUGUCGUUGGAAACCGCAAAUGGAGAAUUCAAGUUCACCCGCGAGGGUUUAAAGAGGGAAAAGACAAAUCUUUCUCUGUGUAUCUGUCGGGAGAAGGGUUUAUCAACAAUGUGCCAAGGUCAAAUACUUUCGCAAUAUUUAAACUGCGGGUACUGGAUCAAGUUAACCGAGAUCAUCUUGAGAAAACAUAUUCGGGUUGGCUUGGUGAAGAGCCUGAUGUCAACCAUGGUUUUGCGGAUUUCAUGCCUCUCAAGAGUCUUGAUAAACCUUAUUUGGUGAACGAUAAGUUCUAUGUGGGAGUUGAGUUUGAAGUCAUUUCUGUGACUAAUUCUUGUUAGCUUAGCUUCUUGGCUAUAAUAAGUCUUUAAGUGAAACCUAAAGUAACAAGAUAACAUAUAUAAAUGAUGUAUGAAGAGCUCACAUAAGGGAGCUCUACUCUUUCUCUUUGUUACCGAUCAAUGUAGGAAUUUAUGGUUCCAUCUUUUUUUAUUAAUAAAUGACAAAUUGAAGCAAAGAAAACAAAGGC